CUACCAUUUGUUGAUACUCCUUUACACAUAGCUGCAUCUGCUGGGCACAUCCCAUUGGCCAUGGAGCUGAUGAGAUUAAAGCCCUCAUUUGCCUGGAGGCCAAAUCCAGAUGGGUUCAAUCCCAUUCACCUUGCUUUACUAAAUGGGCAAACCCAGAUGGUGCUUCGGCUUCUAAAGGUCGAUGGGAACCUUGUCCGUGUCCAAGGAAGGGAGGGUAUGACUCCUUUGCAUUAUGCAGCAAUAACAGAAGAUCACCUUGAUCUAUUGGACGAAUUUCUCAAAGUCUAUCCCAAAUCUAUUAAAGAUGUGACAAUUCGAAAUGAGAAUGCUCUGCAUAUUGCCUUGAAAUACGACAAGUUGGAGGCUUUUCUACACUUGAUGCGAUGGCUCAGAAAGAAUUGGUCUCAAAAUACAAUAUUGUGGGAGAGUGAAGUCCUGAACUGGAAGGAUGAGGAAGGCAACACAGCAUUGCACAUUGCAGUAUCCAAAAAUCAACCCAAGGCAAGCCCUCUCCAUUCCUCAAUUAUUUACAAACUAAAGAAACAUUGUAAAGUUUGUGUUGUGAACAUCAAUAUUGUCCCACUGUAUGAUCAAAAUUAAGAGCUUAAUGUCUA